AUGUUGGCAUCUUUCUCUCUUGUUUUUAAAGAAAGCAACAGAUUUUUUUUUUCAUGGUCUUUCAAGUUUGCUUCUAAUUUUUUUUUCUACAGGUUCUUGAGUCCUGAAUUCAUUCCUCCAAGAGGAAGAACAAAUCCUCUGAAAUUUCAUAUAGAAAGAAAAGAUAUGUUAGAACGGAGAAAAGUGCUCCACAUUCCAGAGUUCUAUGUUGGAAGUAUUCUUCGUGUUACUACGGCCGACCCAUAUGCCAAUGGGAAAACCAGCCAGUUUCUGGGGAUUUGCAUCCAGAGAUCAGGAUCAGGACUUGGAGCUACUUUUACCCUUAGGAAUACUAUUGAAGGCCAAGGUGUUGAGAUUUGCUUUGAACUUUAUAAUCCCAGAAUCCAGGAGAUCCAAGUGGUCAAACUAGAGAAGCGGCUGGAUGACAGCCUGCUAUACUUACGAGAUGCCCUUCCUGAGUACAGCACUUUUGAUAUGAACAUGAAGCCAGUACUACAGGAAUCUAGCCAAGAAGUUCCUGUUAAUCAGCUGAAAGUAAAAAUGAAGCCUAAGCCCUGGUCCAAACGCUGGGAGCGUCCAAAAUUUAAUAUUAAAGGAAUCAGAUUUGAUCUUUGUUUAACUGAAGAGCAAAUGAAAGAAGCUCAGAAGUGGAGUCAGCCAUGGCUUGAGUUUGACAUGAUGAGGGAAUAUGACACCUCAAAAAUUGAAGCUGCUAUAUGGGAAGAAAUUGAGGCAUCGAAAAAGUCUUGAUCUGAAAAUGUCUUUAGCUCCUUGCAGAAGAUAUACUGACGCUCAGUGGAUUUUUUAAGAGACCAAUUUAAUUUCAUAUAUAAGGACAUAGUCAUUAAAUCAACUAAGCAUUCAUUAUUUUUUAGUACUGUUUUAAAAAAAAUAAAAUUAGCGCAUCAGUUUAUUACUUUAAAAAGAGAAAUAUACAUUCCAAGUGGUUCCGUGUCUCUUCUGUUACUGGAGGCAAAGCUACAGUAGAGUCAAACUAUUACAGAAUCCUCUUAUAUAAGCCUGAAAUCUGAACAGGGAUGUAGGUACACAGCCCUGAGCAGCUGGAUCAACCCCAUCAAGCAGGCACAGCCCACCCUACACCUCCAGUCUAGUGCCAGGGUGACACAGAAUGUCUUAUCUCAGUUGGGUUGGGUGUCACUGAAGUUUGCCAUCCCCAGUCACCUAGUACCCAGCCCUCCUUCCAGUGAAGGAUAUGGAGCAGGGGCAAAGGCCAGUGGCUGGACAAGACAGGUGGCACUAUGGCAGGACAUAGUCACCUCGGGAGGCACUGGGGGCAGAGAACAGGGUGGGAGAGAAGGUAUCUGACCCCAACUCACCUGGGCCUUCCAAACCUCUCCUCCCCACUCACAAAUCCCCCUGAACCAGUCCCCCGAGGCCAGACCAGGAGACCACAGCUUUAGGGGCUCUGGCUUCACAGUCAUUGCCAGGUCUCCGUGUCCAUUACCUUUGGAGAAGACCUGUCAGUUUCUAAAACCUAAACCAGACCAUGUCUCUUCCCUGCUUAAAAUGCUUCCAGAGCUUUCCAUGGGGUAGUCUACUGUAAGUAGACCCCAGAGCCCUGAAUGAGCUGGCAGCUGAGGGCCACCUCUCAGCAGCCCUGAACCCAACGCUGUGUUAGGUCGGGGCGAUGAACACUUUCAUCAAAACCAUCAAUAAACUUAUUUUGCGAUCCUCAUGCCCCAUUUUAAAGGCAGGGAAUAUGUAAUGCAUUUUGGAAGGAUGUGGAGAUCUCGGUAGCAGAUGUCAAGAGAAGCAGGACAGUGCAGUGGUUCAGACCUGGGUCCUGGAGCCAGACUGGGUUUCAGUCUUGGAGUCCCCAUGCUGUGUGGCCUUGGACAAGUUGCUUAACCUCCCUGUGCCUCGGUUCCCUUACAUACAAAAUAGGGCUAAGCCUCUACCUCACAGGAUUGUUGUGAGGAUUAAUGGGUGCUUUGAAAUGUUUAGGAGAAUGUUUGGCACCUGGUAAACCAGUGUGAAGUAUUAAUAAAAUUUAUGUGUUUAUUAAAUUAAUAAAUAGAUACAAACAGACUUGA